ACAUGUGUUCAUUAAAACUAGGUUUUCCUAACCUUUAUUCACUUCGGUUUCACAACAAACAUUCUGGCGCAACAAACUGUUUUCUGUUAACCAUCCGAAAGUUAGCAACCUCUCACCAUACUCCACAUCCUAUGAAGAACAACUAAACUCAACUUUGUGGUAAUUGUUAGCAGGUAAUGGGGACACUGUCAGCAAGAGCGUGGUGAUUUCACCGCCUUCAACAAUUGAGAAAAUCAACUUCGAGGACUGACAUCAACAAAAUCAAAAUGUUCCUUAUCGACAACUUCUUCAACAGGAUCUCCUCUGACUUUAGGCAGCGGCAGCUCCUGCCUCUGAAGUUGCUGUUUUUCGUGCAUUCCUCAACUAUGUACGUUCUCUAUCCUUACUUGACCAUCCACAUGCGAGAGCUUGGGAUCAACGUCGAAGAGACCGCCAUCAUGUCCGCUGUGACUCCAAUAGUAUCAAUAAUAAUGCCUCCGAUUGCAGGCUUAGUCGCAGAUCGAAUAGGAAAUUUCAAGGUGAUUCUCGCCCUAUUCAGCGGCCUAGGAGGUGCAGCUUCGCUCCUUCUUCUUCUAGUCCCUGUCGGAAGAAUCACAAUAUCAUACCCACCGAGGACCCUCCUCCAAGUUAGCACUAAUUCAAGUCUUAUUCAUGUAGAAUUGGGAGAGCCAUAUCCCUGUCAGUUUAUGGAUAAUGUCACCAUUCCACGAGAUAUCCAGAUUGAAGCUUGUGGUUUGGUGUGUGAAAGACCAAAGAAAGCAUUUACUCCUUACACUCGGGGACCUCAAACUCCAGCUGAAGAGGAAGCAGCGAUCCUCAGGGCAAGGAGCUAUACUGUUUCACCUCCUGGAGGAGCCACAUACUCUUAUUCACUCACUGCAAGAGAUCUUCCACUUUACAAGGAAAACAAAGGAAAAGAUGAUGACAUCAGAAAUUCUAGACUGCUGCAAAACCCUGGGCAUUACCCAACAUCUGUUAGGAAGUUGAAAGAUGAUAAAUUCUUUUUCCCUACUUCUGGUCUUUAUCAACUCACAUGCAAAGAAGAUGGCGAGGGAGAACUGAGUUGUAAGAUCCUUCAAUCUUCAAAAAGUCCUGGCAGUCUUGUCAAACCCUCUACCUAUAAGCUAAGGGCAGCAUUCUAUAAAGAUUACAACAGCAUCAUCCUGAAUAAGAUGAUGUACAACAAUUCAAGGACACUCUUCAAUGUAACUGGAUCACCAUCAAUUGAAGGUGUAAUUAGAGUUGAUGUUCCAUUACCAAAUGUUGAGAAUGCCCUUGAAGUGGACUCUGUUCUAACACUUGGGCCAUGCUACAGUCAAUGUUUGGCAACUAUGCCUCGGAAAGAGCUCUGCACUACUCUGUCGGCAGUCAAUGAAUUUGACAUCAGUCUUACAUUCUGGCUCUACUUGUCCAUUAGAGUCUUCAUAAGCAUGAUCUCAGGAACUGCAUUUGCUAUGUUUGAAGGGGCAGUUAUAGCAAUCCUACGUGAGCAUAAGGCAGAUUAUGGGCUUCAACGUAUAUAUGCAACUAUUGGUGGAAUGAUGAGUUCACCAUUAUCAGGAUGGUUGAUUGAUUAUGCAAGUCAAAACAAGCAGUAUACAGAUUUCAGGCCUGCAUUCUACCUUUAUGCUGGUCUCAAGAUUUUAAGUGCAAUGUUGAUGUUGACUAUAAAUCUUGAGUUCAAAGCACCUGCCACAAAUGUUUUUGCUGAUGUUCUUACAGUCCUGAGGAAAAUUGAAAUCAUUGCUCUUUUCAUAACAUGUUUUAUAUUAGGUACGGCCUGGGGCUAUAUAGAAAGUUUCUUAUUUUGGUUGCUACAAGAUUUAGGUGCUUCACGUUCACUGAUGGGAAUUACAAUCACAGUUGGCGGCAUUGCUGGUCUUCCUCUUCUUGUUAUGUCUGGACCAAUCAUUGCUAGGAUUGGACAUGCUAAUGUACUCUUCAUUGGAUUUGUUUUCUAUGCUAUCAGAUUAUUAGGUUAUUCUUUAAUUUACAAUCCUUGGAUGUGCUUGAUAUUUGAGGCAAUGGAAUCUGUUACAUCAUCACUGUCUUUCACGGCUGCUGUAACUUAUGCAGCCAAACUAUCUACUAUGACUACUGAUUCCAGUGUUCAAGGUCUGCUGGGUGGUAUCUACUUUGGAGUAGGAAAGGGGGCAGGAAGUUUAAUUGGUGGUUACUUGAUGGAAGCUGUUGGUACAAGACCAACUUAUCAGAUAUUUUCUGCAGUCACCUUACUCACCGGCUGCUUAUACUUCUUAUUCAACAGGUUCUAUAUUGUUCACCAUGCUGAAUCAUCAAUGGAUGAGAAAGACGAUAAGGGGAAAGAAAUAGACAAGCGCAACGAUACAAAAAGUGAUGGAAAAGAAUCUAAUAAGAAGUCUUCAAAGAAAGAUAUACUAUCAAACGACAGUAGUAAAGAAAAAAUGCCAAUGACAACAGCAAUCUCAAUUACUAAUAACUACCAAGGUGCCAACGGAGGCGCUUACACAAAUAAAGCCUUCAGUAAAGAAGAGGGUCGGUAACAUUAGGAUGAAAGUGGAGGAAGCUAACUCCACUAGCAACGUCAGUAUUGUCCUUACCUUAGAGAAUAAACUUGUGGAUGGGCAGUGUGAUGGAGGUUGGAUUAUUCGAAGAGUUUUUAUUCCUUCCUUCUAUGCUCAGUUUUAUUGUUAUAUUUUAAGUUUGUUUGGUGUCCGUGGACAAUGGCUGAACAACUUUCAUUUUAUUUUUAUUUUUUUUUAGAUGAAUUUAUAUUAUUUAGAAUUAGUUGGCACAUUGAGAAGAACAGGGAUGUCGUCCAGAAGUUGAAUCUCAUCUGCUAUAUGGUGUAUAUUAAAUUUUUAUUAUUUUAAAAGUAAUGGCACUGAGUUUGUGCAAGAUGUUUCAGAUUAUAUCCGCGGUUGGAUCGUAUAAACUUUUUUAAAAUUUUUAUUUAACAUAAAAUGAGAGAGAAUACUCUAUCUCUUUUAAGAUUUUUAUCAAAAUUAAUUUAGAAAAUUUGUACAUUGAUUUGAUGCCAACUUAUAAAUAAAAAUGAAACAUCUUUCUUUUCAUAAAAAUAUUUUGAAGUAAAGUUAAAGAAAAAACAGUUUAAUUAAACUAAAAAAAAAUUAGGGUAUCAAGUAAAUAUUUUAAAUAUCACAAUUUUAAAAAUACCGUUUUUAGGCCUACAAAAUUAAUUUUCAUUAGUUAAUAAGUUCAAUAGUCAAAACAUUAAUAUUUAUUGAUGGUCAAUAUUAAUAAGUAUUUUUCUUUUUCUUUUUUUAAAAUUAAAUAUCCAUGUAUAGCAAAAAUAAAGAUAAUUAAUUUAAAUUAUUGAAAAUUUCUAUGUUUAUUUUAGUACAAUAGAUAUCGAUAGUAAUUUUACUUUACAUAUAUAUUAAUCGUGUUCCUAAUCCACAUUCUGUUUUGAGGAAUAGCAGGGCUUGAUAUCACCACCAAAACAUUCAGAAAUCUUUACAUAACAAAAAUAAAAAUAAAAAUCAGAUUCAAGGUUGAGUUUUAUUCGCUAAUACCAUCCUCCUUAAAUCUUAUUUUUUCAGUGUCUAAGUGAUCAUAACAAGUCUACAGAAUCGGGAAGUCACAUAUUAAUCUGUUUUUGUAAUAAUUCUUUAAAGUUUUAAGCUUCCUUGUCCCUUACCAUCUAUCAAAUGUAGUUAUAUGUUCCACUUCAAUGCACUCAUUUAUUUUGUAUGUACUGAACAAUCUGUUUGAUGCAUAAUGCCAAAUUGCAUAUUUUCAAUUUUUUUUUUAUAGCUUAGUAUUUAUCUUUAUAAGGACACCAACUAUUAUUUAUUGAAAUGUUAAGAGACGGAGUAGAGUUGACUUUUUGUUUAGACUUUAAAAAAAUUCUUAUAAAAAGAAAGAAAACUUCGCAAUAUAGGAUUCAAAUAUUUUUCAAUAAUACUUUUUGUUAACUUUUUACUUAAUUUAUUUUGUAAUUUUUUUUUUACAUAUUAUUUUUUUAUAAUAUUGUGGUUAAAUCAAAUAUUUUAUGUAAAAAUUCAACCUACUUUUCAUUUAUUAAUUUUUUUUAUUUUUUAAACAAUUGGCAACACUACUAAUAGUUUUUGUUUAUUUUUAACUUAAGGGAUACAUAUUUUGUUAAAUAAAAAGUAAAAUAACUUUGAAAGAAGUUUGAAAAGAAUAUUUUAAUAGCUUUUUACUCCAUUUAUUUUUUUAAAUUCAUUUUAUUUCCUCGAUAUAACUGUGAAGAAAUAAUUAAAUUGUGAUUACAUUAUAAUCUUAAAUACUUAUUUUAACCUCAUUUUUUAUCUGUUAUCAACUUUGGAAAAUCACAUUCAUGCUAAUGAAUAUGUUAGACGAGUAAGGUUUCUUAUUGCAUGGUAAUUUAAUAUACAAUUAGUAGGCACACCUAAUAAGUAAUUAUUCAAUAGACAAACUACCUGGUCUUACAGUUUAAUAAACAUAAUUGUAUUUGACAAUUAAUUAUUUCUUAAACAGUGAAAAAAAAAAUAUAUAUAUAGAAAACAUUUUAUAGUAACGUUGAGUAACAUAUUUAUUGAACACACAUACAAGCAAUGAAGUUAUAAUUUCAAUUGAAUUGAUUGAAAUGAUAAGAUCAUUUGUGGUUUUAUAAAUUUAAAUUGAAUUGUUUUAACUAACGAUAAAUAUUUUAUAUUUUUGAAAAUAUAUGUCAAAAACUAUAUUGAUGUGCAUAUAUAUCUGUGAAUGAUUUAAAAAUCAAAAAGAUUUAUAAAUUUUUAUAUACAAAUAAAUAUUGUCAACUUGGAUUGUAAAAAUAUUAAAUAAUUUAUUACAAGUAUCUUUAUUUUGUGUUGAUCACAACUAAAAAAUGUAGUAAAAAUACAUGAAAUUGCUAUUAUUUGUAAAGAAUUUAUUGUUUUGUAUAUAUUUUAUUUGUAUAGUAUCAAUUUUUCAAGCCAUCAUGUAAUUUUUGUAUUCGAUAGAGAAUAAUUUAUUAUGGAUUAAAAAAUUUUUUUUGCACCACAUCAAAAGCUUGAUUCAUAACAAACUUAUUGUUAAUUAUAGGUAAUGAGCUAGGAAGGAUGAUGGCUCUGUAAAUAAAUAAUAAUUACAAUUAUAUUAGAACUAUAUCCAGGUUUGAUAUAAUGCACAAUGUGGUACAAUCAUUUACUGACAGAUUUAAAAAAUAUUUCAUGUAUGUGUACGAACUUACACAAAUACAGAGAAUAAUAUUGUGCAUAACCUGAGGCAUCUAAGGAAAACUCGAAUAUUUAGUCUAGAAGCUGCUUGCCUUACAAUAUGAAUAAAGGAACUUCAUUGUAUCAGAUGAAGUUUAGUUUACACAUUCUAGUGACACGCGUAUUGUACAAAUUUAUAACUGUAUUAUGUUAAAUUAAUUAAUAAAUAAUAUUUCUUUA